UUCGCGUGCUUAUCGAAGUACAUAUAAAUGUGAGCUACCUGUACUCAUUACUCAAGUUGUCGAGGAAGGAGACGGUGGAAAACAAUUAUACUUUUUUCUUCAAAAUAACGGAUACGCAAUCAUGUUCUUUGAAAAUGUUAUCCUGAUUUUUAUUUUUUUUUCAAACGAGAAAACGAAUGAUUUUCAUUUUUUAUAAAUAUUAUGUGGUUUUGUGCCCGGUGAUUAUUUUUAUGAUUGGUUGAUUAGACAGAUUCAUACCUGCAAUGAAGGGAACCGUGUUGAUAAUCCUGUUAUCAAUUUGCCACAUCCCAAUAUCCUAUCAACUUACAUUUCCUCCUUUAAUUCAAGGAGCACUCGACGUACUAUUUGAAGGAGUCGAGCAAGUAAGCGAUGAACCUAUCGAUCAACCGAAGAUAUUAAACGAGUACGAUUUCAUUGUCGUAGGAGCUGGAAGUGCAGGCAACGUGGUUGCCAAUCGAUUAACCGAGGUUCCGGAAUGGAAAGUUUUAUUGAUAGAGGCAGGUCAGGAGGAAAAUUUCAUAAUGGAUGUUCCUCUAAUAGCGAAUAUGUUGCAAUUCUCCGAUGUCAAUUGGAAUUACAAAACGGUACCUUCGGAUAAGUACUGUUUAGCGAUGGAAAACCGCCAGUGUAAUUUUCCCAGAGGUAAAGUAAUGGGUGGAAGUAGUGUUUUGAAUUAUAUGAUAUUUACACGAGGGCACCGGAAAGAUUUUGACAAUUGGGCUAAUCUUGGAAAUACAGGUUGGGACUAUCAAAGUGUGUUAAAGUAUUUUAAAAAAUUGGAAGACGUUCAGAUACCGAGAUAUGCGUCAGAUACAGUUUAUCGGAGUACAGGAGGAUAUCAAACGGUCUCCGAACCACCUUUUCGUUCCAAGGCUGCAGAGGCUUUUUUAAACGCAGGGAUUGAACUAGGGUAUCCAACGCCUGAUAACAAUGGACGGUAUACAGUCGGUUUUUCUUAUCAUCAGACAACAAUGCGAAACGGAACCAGAUGCAGCACCUCCAGAUCCUACUUACACCCAAUUCGUAAUCGACCCAACUUACACGUGAUAAAACACAGCAUGGUUACCAAAAUAUUAAUCAACCCGGCGACAAAAACCGCUUACGGAGUGGAAUUUUACAGAAACAAUAAUAAACAUCAAGUCACAGUGAAAAAAGAAGUAAUUGUAUCAGCAGGUGCAAUAAACUCUCCCCAAUUACUCAUGCUGUCUGGUAUCGGCCCUCGAAAACAUCUCGAAGAAAAAGGCAUCGAGGUUCAUCAAGACUUACCAGUAGGAGAGAAUCUCAUGGAUCACGUAGCCUUAGGCGCAUUAUCUUUCACAAUGAACGAAUCAGUCGCCCUCAGAGUUAGACAACUAUUUAUGGAUUCGAAUCAUUUCGACGAGUUUUUGAACUAUCAUCGAGGCCCUCUUGCUAUACCCGGAGGUACCGAGGGCUUAGCAUUGUUCGAUCUGCAAGAUCUAAAGAACCCGGACGGUCAUCCCGAUUUGGAAUUAUUGUUCGUUGGGGCCCCCGAACCAAGUUUGAAAAAAAACUUCGGUUUAACUGAUGCCGUGUAUGAUCAAGUAUUUAAGAGUAUAGAAGAUAAGAACGGUAUUAUGCUUUUUCCCAUGAUAAUGCGUCCUUAUAGUAAAGGUCGUAUAUUACUUAGUGACAAUGAUCCGUUCCAUCAUCCUCUUAUCUAUCCGAAUUACUUCGCUGAUGAACGAGAUCUCGAUGUUUUAGUCAAGGGUAUACGGAUUUCUCAACAAAUCAUCGAAACCAACGCCAUGAAACGUUAUGGCACAGCUAUGCUGAAAACACCAUUGCCUGGUUGCGUUAAUUACAAGUUCGAUUCGGAUGAUUAUUGGAAAUGUUACGCUAGAAAUUUACCUUUCACUAUAUAUCAUUAUUCUGGUACAUGUAAAAUGGCUCCGGUCACAGAUCCCACUUGUGUGGUGGAUCCUAGACUCAGGGUUAAGGGGAUUAAGAAUCUCAGAGUGGUUGAUGGGUCUAUAAUGCCAGAGAUUACCUGCGCUCAUGUAAACGCACCCAUUAUUAUGAUCGGCGAAAAAGCUUCGGAUCUUAUAAAAGAAGACUGGAAUAUGAAAACAUAAUGCUGUGGUUAAAGCUUCCUAAACUCACAAAGUUCUUUUUUUUUUUUUUAGAAUCAUCCACUUUGAGUAAAUAUGAUUUUUCCUGACGAAAUGAUCUUGGAUGAUUCUUGUACCAUUUUUUGUAAAAUUUUUAGUUUCAUUUUCAAAAGUCUUUCUCUUAUAUCAGGAGAGUGUGUGGAGAAUUUUCAAAACGUGUGACUAAACAAAAUUCAAUCCAUAUUAAUCUAAUGAGGAUAGAAUCGUUUGUUACGUUGUACAUAUGACUUUUUUUCCAGCUAGGUAGGUACUUAAUUCUAUUGCAAAAAAUUGUCAUUAUGAAAUAAGUUGAAUAUUGAAAAACACUAGUCAAGAAUUUUUGAACGAGUUUUUCAGAAUUACUGAAAAAAAUAUCGAAUAAGUAGGUACCUUAUUAUGUUUUAUAAACUGUUGAAUUUUUUCGUUAAAUAUUCAAAAAAUUCUCAGAAUAAAACAGUUCAUUUUCAUUAUUGUA